CAGAAACCCUUGGUGAGUCAGUUUGUGGAGACACGCUCCCAUGCAGAGUGCGUUCGGUAUAAGUCAUGAGGAGUCCCUCGAAAUUGUUGCAAUGAAUAGAACUCUCCCUAAUGCAAUUAUUGCAGGAUCCUUCCUCUUCUAGGGAGGCUAUGGAAGAGUGUCUAUAAUAUGAUUCCUAGAGAAUAUGGCAUGUGGUGACCUUGCUCAUGUUGCAGAGGCCAGAAUGUGCUCACAGUUAGGUUGCUGUAUGAUGGAAACUGUAACACAAAUUAAUGCUGGUGGUAAUGUCUGCCACCUCCUGUCAUGCUGAGAGAUACGGAUAUGGUGGAUGGGUACAGCUGGAUCAUCACUGCAAGGGACAGGCAAAGAUGAUGAAGGAUGGAAAGGUUUUUAGAGUUAUUCAAGAGAACUGCUGGGAUCCAGAAGUACGGAUUAGAGAGAUGGACCUAUCAGGGGUCACAGUCCAAGUUCUUUCCACAGUCCCUGUAAUGUUCAGCUACUGGGCCAAACCUCAGGAUACUUUAGAUCUAGCCCAGAUAUUAAAUAAUGACUUAGCUGCUACAGUAAAAAAGUACCCCAAGAGGUUUAUCGGCUUGGGUACGUUACCUUUGCAAGCUCCAGACCUGGCUGUGAAGGAAAUGCAUCGCUGUGUGAAUGAACUUGGAUUUCCAGGAGUACAAAUAGGAUCUCAUGUCAAUGAGUGGGACCUGAAUGCACCAGAAUUGUAUGAUAUUUAUGCUGCUGCUGAACAAUUGAAUUGCUGUCUCUUUGUGCAUCCCUGGGACAUGCAGAUAGAUGGAAGGAUGUCCAAAUACUGGUUUCCCUGGCUAAUAGGCAUGCCUGCAGAAACAACCAUAGCCAUUUGCUCCAUGAUUAUGGGAGGAAUUUUUGAAAAAUUUCCUAAGCUGAAAGUUUGCUUUGCACAUGGAGGUGGAGCUUUUCCGUACACAGUGGGGCGAAUCUCCCAUGGAUUCAACAUGCGCCCUGAUUUGUGUGCCGUGGAUAAUAAAGUGGAUCCAAGAAAAUACCUUGGUUCAUUUUACACAGACUCUCUUGUCCAUGAUCGUGGUGCACUAAGGCUGCUAACAAGUGUAAUAGGAGAGGACAAAGUUAUUUUGGGAACAGAUUACCCUUUUCCACUGGGGGAACUGGAACCUGGAAAAUUGAUUGAUUCAAUGGAAGAUUUUGACAAUAAACUGAAGGAUAAACUCAAGGCUGGAAAUGCUCUGGAAUUUCUGGGUCUUAGAAGAAAACAAUUUGAAUAAUUAUGAAGAUAUUAAAGAGACAAAACUUCAGAAGUAACGCUGAAUCCUCAGGGAUAUUUCUGUUUCCAUGUGCAAUGACACAGAUGAAAAUUUUGACAGGUAUAUUACAGUCUACUGUUAUUUCCAAGAGAAAAGCAAGGGUACUGGAAAUGAGUAUGCACAGGUAUUUCUGUGCAUUUGAGGAUUUAAAUUAUCUUUUAAAAAUUCUGAAAUCCCUGCUUUCAUAAAAAAAGGAAGGAUUUAAUCUUUUGCAGUUGUGAUAAGAAUCGCUGAAGAAUAAUCAAUGUCAUGUUAUCAGAACUUGAUUCCCGGGAAGAAAGAACUGAGAAAAUUAUGACCUGUAUCCAUUACAUUUCAGUCUUCAUUAUGUCCAAUAAACAGAAAUUAAAAGAAUCUUAAACCAGAAUUUUGAUGAUGCCCAAUAAAAGGCAACAUUUCCCUUUACCACACUUCAGCUCAGCACGGCAAGCACAUGCACUGAUGCUUUGUAAAUGUUGUGAUAGGAUGAAAAGGGUCUGUGUGGGGACUUGUAACGUUUUAGCUGCCGCCUACACCACUGGCAACUUAUUAAUCAGAAACAAUUUGGACAAUAUGGUUGUAGGUGGAGAAAUAAUGUAUUUGUGUGGGUAAUACUUUGUGCGUCAUUGUCACUGUCAAAAUAAAUGCUAGUGUUUAGCAACAGUAUGGUUUAAUGUUCUGUUCCUUAAAAAUACUUCCUUAAAUUCAGGUUGGAUACUUUAAGUGU